AUGGAAUUGCAAAUGAAGGUGGCGCAGGCGGUUCACGUCCUGAAUCACGAUACAGAGUCGUGCAACCGUGUGGCAGCAAAUCAAUGGCUGGUUCAGUUUCAGCAGACCGACGCCGCUUGGGAGGUCGCCACCUCCAUCCUCACAUCCGAUUUUCACCACUCAUUCGUCUCCGAUUACGAGGUUGAGUUCUUCGCUGCCCAGAUUCUUAAACGAAAGAUCCAAAAUGAGGGCUGUUAUUUGCAGUCAGGAGAUAAAGAUGCUUUGCUAAAUGCCCUUCUUGUGGCUGCUAAAAGAUUUAGUUCAGGCCCUCACCAGCUUUUGACACAAAUAUGCCUUGCACUCUCUGCGCUUAUACUGCGAGCUGCUGAGCAUGGAAAGCCUGUUGAGCAACUCUUUUAUAGUCUUCAGAAUCUGCAGACCCAGGUUGAUGGCAAUGUUGCUGUUCUGGAGAUGCUUACUGUUUUACCCGAAGAAGUUUUAGACAACCAAAAUACUGACUCUAACAUAAGUUCAGCUGACAGAAACCAGUAUGGCCAAGAGCUUCUCUCACAUACACCUAUGGUUCUUGAGUUCCUACUGCAACAAUCUGAGAAAGGGUUUGAUGGUGGUGUUCGGGCUGGGUGCUUUUCAGAGAUUCCCCAUGGAUUAUUACCAGCACAUCCGCUUCUUAACUUUGUUUUUAAUUCUCUGCAGGUGUCAUCUUCAUUUGAUCUGGCAAUAGAAGUUCUUGUUGAGCUUGUGAGUCGACAUGAGGGGCUGCCCCAUGUUUUGUUAUGCAGGGUGCAUUUUCUUAAAGAAGUACUACUUAUGCCAGCUCUUAGUAAUAGUGAUGAGAAAGUAGUAGGUGGUCUUGCUUGCUUAUUGUCAGAGAUUGGGCAGGCUGCACCAUCUCUGAUUGUAGAAGCAAGUGCUGAGGCAGUUGCGCUGGCGGAUGCACUUUUAAGCUGCGUGACAUUUCCGAGUGAAGACUGGGAGAUAGCAGACUCAACUUUGCAAUUUUGGUCUGGGUUUGCAAGCUAUAUUCUUGGCCUUGAUGAGGAUGGUGCGAAACAGAGGAAGCAAGUGGAAGACAUGUUUUUCCCAGUAUUUUCAGCAUUACUUGAUGCGCUUUUGUUGCGUGCUCAGGUAGAUGAUUCUAUGUUUAAUGAUGAACAAGGAACACCUGAGCUGCCUGACGGUCUUGUCCACUUUAGAAUGAAUCUUGUUGAACUUUUGGUGGAUAUUUGUCAGCUUUUAAGAUCUGCUACAUUUGUCCAGAAGCUUUUCUUUGUUGGUUGGGCAUCUGCAAAUGCACCAAUACCCUGGAAGGAGGUGGAAACCAAGUUGUUUGCUCUUAAUGUGGUUGCUGAGGUAGUCCUACAGGAGGGCCGAACCUUUGAUUUCUCAGUCAUCAUGCAGUUGGUUACAGUGUUGUCCACUAGGCCUUUAGAUGAGCUGAAGGGCAUCAUGUGCAUUGUGUAUAGAUCUCUUGCGGAUGUUGUUGGCUCCUAUUCGAAGUGGAUAUCUGCUUUCCAAACAAAUGCUAGACCUUUACUAUUAUUUCUUGCUGCUGGAAUAUCGGAACCCCUGUCCUCGAGUUCUUGUGCUUCUGCCUUGCGUAAAGUUUGUGACGAUUCUUCUGCAUUCAUGUGUGAAGCUUCGAAUUUGGAGAUUCUGAUGUGGAUAGGAGAGGGUUUGGAGAAGAGACAGUUACCAAUGGAAGAUGAGGAAGAAGUUGUUAGUGCUGUUAGUCUUAUCCUUGGUUCUAUUACUAACAAAGAAUUAAAGAGCAACUUAUUGGCUAGGUUGCUUUCUUCUAGCUUUGAAGCUAUUGGGAAACUUGUUGAUGAAGACAAUAACCAUUGUCUUAGACAGAAUCCUGCUACAUACACACAAAUUUUGAACUCUGGUGCAAGAGGACUUUACAGGAUGGGAACCGUAUUCAGUCAUCUUGCAACAUCCAUGCAGAGUGGACCUUCUGCAGAUGAUUGUAUGCUUGCACUGUUGCAAGUUUUUUGGCCCAUGCUUGAAAAACUUUUCUGGUCUGAGCACAUGGAGAAUGGUAAUUUAUCCACAGCAGCUUGCCGAGCUCUUACACAAGCAAUUCAGUCAUCAGGCCAACACUUCUUAAGAUUACUGCCUAAAGUACUAGAUUGCUUAUCAACAAAUUAUGUGUCUUUCCAAAGUCAUGAAUGCUACAUAAGAACUGCAUCUGUUGUCAUUGAAGAAUUUGGUAACAAAGAGGAGUAUGGACCCUUGUUUGUCACCACUUUGGAGAGAUUUACACAUGCAGCAUCGGUAAUGGCUCUUAAUUCUUCAUAUAUAUGUGACCAAGAGCCUGAUCUAGUGGAGGCGUACACAAAUUUGCAUCCACAUAUGUACGCGGAACUCGAAGUAGUGGCUGCAUCUGGUACCCUUCUUGAAAUUUCCUUUCAAAAGGCAGCUAUAUGCUGCACAGCUAUGCAUCGUGGCGCAGCACUCGCGUCCAUGUCAUACUUAUCUUGUUUCUUGGAAGUGGGCCUGGCCUCUUUGUUGGAUUCUAUGACUUGUACCCCUGAAGGAUCAUUCAGUGCAAUGGCCAUUCAAGUCAUAUCCCAUAGUGGCGAGGGACUUGUAUCAAAUCUGAUUUAUGCUUUGCUUGGUGUUUCGGCAAUGUCACGGAAUGUAUUCUUCCCAAUGCGAAAUUUACAGCAGGUUCAGGCUCUUCCUGCCGAAUACCUAAAGCAAGGGGAAGUUGAAACUUUAGUGCCGGUUUGGUCUAAGGCCCUUGCUGGUGCAGCUUCAGAUUAUAUCGAGAGCAGGAGCUGUGAUGGAGGACAUAAUAGUUAUGGUCACAUGCAAGGGAAAGGGGGGAGAGUUCUGAAGCGUUUGGUUCGUGAAUUUGCUGAUAGCCACCGCAAUGUCCCAAAUUUGACUUGA